ACUCUGGGCAAGAGCGCUGCGCGCUCUGUCCGCUCCCGGGCGGAGUCCUCCUCUGUUCUGUUUCCGAACCCGCUCGCUCUCUCCAGCUUCCCUGCGACCCCUGGGUCCGGCCCUUUUGGAGGAGAGGUCCAUAGGGCCGGGCCUAGGAGCGUCGCGCGUGCCCGAGCAGGCUUGGCGCUGUGGCCCCGGGCUGCUGGGCGAGGGGUGCGGUGUGAGGACCAGGGCCUGGGGCGGUGCGCGGGGGUUGCAGGAAGCGGCGGCUGCAGGGGCUCGGCCCCGGCUCGGCUGGGGUAGGGAUUCCCGGAAACGGAUUCCGCUUCGGUGGCCGCGCGAGCCGGGCGUCUCGGAGCAGGCAGGCGGGUGGCUGCUGAGUAAUACCCGCGGCGACGGCGGGAGGCGGCGGCCUGGGCGCCCACAUCCCCUGCCGUGCUGCAGCCCGGCCCCGGCUCCUCCCUCCGCGCCCCGCCCGCCGCGCCCCUCCCCCGCGCCCGCUCCGCCUCGCUCCGGGCAGGUAGAGCCGGGCUCUGGGCGCGCGCUGGGGCCGCAGGCUGCUGCCACCCCACCUCGCCUUUGCUUAACGCAGAGCCUCGCGCGCCCAUGGCGGGCUCGGAACAGCAGCGGCCGCGGCGGCGGGACGACGGAGACUCGGCCGCCGCGGCAGCGGCGCCCCUGCAGGACGCGGAACUGGCCCUGGCUGGCAUCAACAUGCUGCUCAACAACGGCUUUAGGGAGUCGGACCAGCUUUUCAAACAAUACAGAAAUCAUAGCCCAUUAAUGAGUUUUGGAGCCAGCUUUGUCAGUUUUUUGAAUGCCAUGAUGACAUUUGAGGAAGAAAAAAUGCAGUUGGCAUGUGAUGACUUAAAAACGACAGAAAAGCUUUGUGAAAGUGAAGAGGCUGGAGUAAUUGAAACAAUCAAGAACAAAAUUAAGAAGAAUGUUGAUGUCCGAAAAUCCACCCCCUCUAUGGUUGACCGGCUUCAAAGGCAGAUAAUCAUAGCUGACUGUCAAGUUUACCUGGCUGUGCUCUCUUUUGUAAAACAAGAAUUGUCAGCAUAUAUAAAAGGUGGGUGGAUCCUUAGAAAAGCCUGGAAGAUUUACAAUAAAUGCUAUUUGGACAUCAAUGCCCUCCAGGAGCUGUAUCAGAAGAAGCUAACGGAGGAGCCCUUGACUUCAGACGCUGCAAAUGAUAAUCACAUUGUGGCUGAAGGGGUGUCUGAGGAGUCCCUAAACAGACUGAAAGGUGCUGUUAGCUUUGGAUAUGGCCUUUUUCACCUUUGCAUAUCCAUGGUGCCCCCAAACCUGCUCAAAAUCAUCAACCUGCUGGGUUUUCCUGGAGACCGCCUACAGGGGCUUUCUUCACUGAUGUAUGCAAGCGAAAGUAAGGACAUGAAGGCCCCUUUAGCUACAUUAGCGCUGCUCUGGUAUCAUACUGUAGUCCGCCCGUUUUUUGCCUUGGAUGGCAGCGAUAACAAAGCAGGCCUGGAUGAAGCAAAGGAAAUUCUUCUCAAAAAAGAAGCUGCUUAUCCAAAUUCUUCCCUCUUUAUGUUUUUCAAGGGACGCAUACAGCGAUUAGAGUGUCAAAUCAACAGUGCCUUGACUUCCUUCCAUACUGCUCUGGAACUUGCAGUAGACCAGAGGGAAAUCCAGCAUGUGUGUCUGUAUGAAAUUGGUUGGUGCAGCAUGAUAGAACUGGAUUUCAAGGAUGCAUUUGAUUCCUUUGAGAGGCUAAAAAAUGAAUCCAGGUGGUCCCAGUGCUAUUAUGCGUAUUUAACCGCAGUUUGUCAGGGAGCCACCGGCGAUGUGGACGGGGCCCAGAUUGUCUUUAAAGAAGUCCAGAAACUCUUCAAAAGGAAAAACAAUCAGAUUGAACAGUUCUCAGUGAAAAAGGCAGAGAGAUUUCGGAAACAAACCCCAACCAGAGCGCUCUGUGUGCUGGCAUCCAUCGAAGUGUUGUACUUGUGGAAAGCCCUUCCCAACUGUUCCUUCCCCAACCUCCAGAGGAUGAGUCAAGCUUGCCAUGAAGUGGAUGACUCAUCUGUCGUCGGAUUAAAGUAUUUGCUUCUUGGUGCCAUACACAAAUGUCUGGGGAACUCAGAAGAUGCUGUUCAGUUCUUUCAGCGAGCUGUUAAAGAUGAGUUGUGUCGUCAGAAUAACUUAUAUAUUCAGCCAUAUGCUUGCUAUGAACUUGGCUGCCUUCUGUUAGACAAACCAGAGACUGUAGGAAGAGGCAGAACCCUCCUCCUUCAAGCAAAGGAGGAUUUCUCUGGCUACGACUUUGAAAACAGAUUGCAUGUCCGUAUCCACGCUGCUCUGGCCUCGAUGAGGGAAUUGGUUCCUCAGUGACAGACCUGAGGUUCCCGCUCUGUCCCUCCUCACGCAGGGUCUGCACUUUAAAAGCAGAGGACACAGCUCUUGGAAGAUUAGCUUUUCUUCUGAAAACCACCUGUGCCAGGGACACAUUUUCUCAUUUAGGCUGUUGUAUUAAAGAUCUCCUCUUUUAAACACAUAGCUAAAAAGUAAUAUGAUAAUAGUAAUAACAACUAACCACCUGGGGAGAGGGUUAAGUGACCUUGUUCAAACAUUUUAGUUUUGUGAUUUAUUAUUUUUAAAAUAAAAUUAAAUAUUCAACCUGUGAUCUUGUAGGAAUGCCUACCUGAAGCACACAUCCAACUGGGUAACACUAAGAGGUACCUAUAAAACUAUUAACAGUAUCACAACAGAGCCUUUAUAUUGUGUUUUUAAAAAGUAAAAGUGCUUUCUAGUGUUUUAUCCUCAAAACUAUUCCUGUGAAUAACAUAGCACAGAUACUCUCAUUGUCCAGACAGUGAAUCUCAGGCAUGAAAAGGCUAAUUGACUUAUGCCAAUUAAUUAUUCUUAUUACUAUGGAGUAAUGAAUAGAAUGCAGAUCCGACCACAGACCAGAUAUUCUUUUAUUGUAAAAAAAAAAAAGUUAAUAACCCAGAAUUCCAUGUUUCUCUUAUUAAAAAGCAAAUACUCUUCAGCUGAAAUUAUCAUCAAAAUAUUUGUCUCCAGAUUGUCUACAAAAUGUUCAAAGGACACUUUUUUCUUUGAAAGCCAAUCAAGUGAAAGCAAAGAGAAGAUAGUUUUACAACCAAAAGUAAAACUUUUUUUUUAUCUUUUUCUUGGCCAUACCACUUCCCAGGCUAGGGGUCAAAUCAGAGCUGCAGCUGCUAGCCUACACCACAGCCAAAGCAGCACCAGAUCCUUAACCCACUGAGCAAGGACAAGGAUCAAACCUGCAUCCUCAUGGAUACUAGUUGGGUUCAUUACCGCUGCGCCAUGACGGGAACUCCCACAACUGUUUCAAUAAUUUAUUAGAAAGCCUGGUCUGUAGACUAAAUAAUACCUACGUUUUAGGUGUUUUCCUUUCUUUGUGAUAAAUUGUCUAAUUACCAAUUUUCAGAAAUCUUAACAAAUUACUUAAAGGUUACUCUUGAAUGAACAUAGAAUUUUGGCCUCGAAAUAUUUGCUGAUGAAGGAUUUGCUGGGUUCUUUGUUGCCAAGAUUUAAUCGUUUUCCCCUUAGCUCAGGUUAUUGAUGUUGUAAACAGAGUUCAAAGUUAUGUUUUAAUCCUUCAUUGCUAAUUUUUAUUGUCAUCUAACGUACCUCUUUGUUCAGUGCUGCACACCUGUGGUUUUGAAGAAUCUAAAUACCUCAGUCACUUAAGAAUUUCUGUCAUAGUUGUGUGAUGAACUUGUCUCAAGGUUAGAUUUUUUAAAAAUUUUACAUUGCACUAAAGAAUAUUAUCUUGGAGUGUCAUUUAUUUACAUAUCCUAUUAGCUGAAAUAUCUCCUGUGAUGUCAAUACUUUAAUAUUUCUUUUCAAAACAAAACAUGGGAGGAGCAGCUAGAUUGUUGGCAGCUUUAAUUUAUCUGGUCUUGAGGGAAUAAUUCUUGAAAAGAAACAAUUGUUCCUCACUGACCUUGGCUAAACUGUCUCCAUGUUUUCUUACUUCUAAAGUGCUUAUUAACAUUGACUUUCUAAUGUGACUCCUGAAUAGAUUUUAGAUACUACCCAAAGAGAAAAGAUUGCUAUCUUGGCUUCAUGAACGAGGAGAUCCAGAUCCAAGUGGAUACCUUCUGAAGAGAAAAAUUGGUAUCUAAAAAUUUUAGACACUGAUUUCAUCAAAGCUGAAGGGAAGAAUGUUAUGAACCUGUAAGAUAUGGUUCUUGCCAUAUUUUGUGGUCUUCUUGGCAAUAGUAUGUGUGGCAAACUUCUCAGUUAUAAUUGUGCAUUCAGAAUCAUGACAUUCUUGCUCCAGGGUUCAUACUUAAAUAGUUCAAAAAACAUUUAAAUUGAAAAUUCAUUACUCAGUAUUCAAAGAUUACAGAAGGCCCUGCACUUUAGAAUUUUUUAAAAAAAAUGUUUCUGCAUUAACUGCUUUAAAUAAUUUUAUUUCUCCAGAAAGAUCUCAGGAUUUCAGAUAGGUUUCUGUUCAGUUCACUGAACACACACCUUUACAACACCUUCCAUAGGUCUUCGAGUCAAAGAAUAGCUCUGUGUAUUCGCUGUCAGGUUUGACAUAAGAUAGCCUCUGUGGUUUAUCUGUGCUCACCUGGUGGGCAGAACACGGAUAAGGCAUAGAUAGUGACGCUGAAGACUCUCAAAUAACAAAACCAUGGUGUGAGUACACUGUACCAUUAGAUUAACAGAAAUCUGAGUACAUUUUUGAGUUGAGUAAUUUGUAACAGUUCUGACCUGCGUGCUGUGACUUAGCCAACCUGUGAGCUACUGUGAUCUGCCUGGAAAUUUAGCUUGGUGUAAAUUGCUCUUUACCCUAGCUGAUGAAGAAAAUAAUCAUAUAAGCAGAA